GUCACCCGGAGCCCGGGCGAGCAUGGCAACGGGCCGGGGCGGGCAGCGCGCGGCGGCGGCGGAGUGGCGGCGGCGGCGGCGGCGGCGCGGGCGCGGGGCCUGACGCCAUGCGGAGGGGCCGCUCGGGCCGGGCGGACGCGGGCGCGGCCGGAGAGCCCCUGGGCGCGGCGCGGGACGGGCGGCCGGCGCGGGCCGACGCGGGCGAGCCGGGACCCCCCGCCCGGGCCCCGCGCGGCGCCCAGUCGGCCCGGGGCGGCUCGCGCGCCCGCACCCGCGCCCGGGGCCGCGCGCGGGGGGACUGCGCCCCGCGGCCCGUCACCGUGGACAGCUCCAAGGCCAAGACGUCGCUGGAAGCCCUGAAGAUCAGCCUCCGGCAGCUCAAGUGGAAGGAGUUUCCGUUCGGCCGACGCUUGCCCUGUGACAUCUACUGGCAUGGAGUUUCAUUUCACGACAGCGACAUCUACUCUGGCCAAGUGAACAAGUUUCCAGGCAUGACGGAGAUGGUGCGCAAGAUCACCCUGAGCAGAGCCGUGCGGAUCAUGCAGAGCCUCUUUCCCGAGGAGUACAACUUCUAUCCUCGCUCCUGGAUCCUGCCCGACGAGUUCCAGCUCUUUGUUGCUCAGGUCCGCACGGUGAAGGAUGGCGACCCCUCCUGGAAGCCCACGUUCAUCGUGAAGCCGGACGGAGGGUGCCAGGGGGACGGCAUCUACCUCAUCCGCGACCCCAGCGACGCCCGCCUGGCGGGGAUCGUGCGGAGCCGGCCGGCUGUGGUACAGGAGUACAUCUGCAAGCCCCUGCUCAUCGACAGGCUCAAGUUCGACAUCCGCCUGUACGUCCUGCUCAAGUCCCUGGACCCCCUGGAGAUCUACAUCGCCAAGGACGGGCUGUCGCGCUUCUGCACGGAGCCCUACCAGGAGCCCAGCGCCCACAACCUGCACCACAUCUUCAUGCACCUCACCAACUACUCGCUCAACAUCCACAGCGGCAACUUCGUGCACUCGGACAGCGCCGGCACGGGCAGCAAGCGCACCUUCUCCAGCGUGCUCUGCCGGCUGUCGGCCAAGGGCGUGGACAUCAAGAAGGUCUGGUCCGACAUCAUCUCGCUGGUCAUCAAGACGGUCAUCGCCCUCACGCCCGAGCUCAAGGUCUUCUACCAGUCGGACAUCCCCGCGGGCAAGCCCGGGCCCACGUGCUUCCAGAUUCUGGGUUUCGACAUCCUCCUCACCAAGAGCCUGAAGCCCGUCCUGCUGGAGGUCAACGCCAACCCCAGCAUGAGGAUCGAGCACGAGCAGGAGCUUUCUCCAGGGGUCUUUGAGAACGUCCCCAGCCUGGUGGACGAGGAGGUGAAAGUGGCCGUGAUCAGAGACACCCUCCGCCUCAUGGACCCGCUGCGGCACCUCCGGGAGAGCCUCCUUCCGGAUAUCUAUAUGGACAGCACCCUCAGAUUCCCUCCAGUUUCUGACAGCAUGCCUUCAUCGAAGAUCCAGUUUCCAAAGUUUCCCAUAGUCAGGUCCAAGCAGUACGAGAAGCCCUCCGCUGCCAGGGACGACGAACUGGAUGCCGAGCUGGCCAGCGCCGCCAGAGGCCCCCCGGACCCCCAGACCCAGCUGCCCACCAUCUGCCUCAAGCAGGUCUUCCCCAAGUACGCCAAGCAGUUCAACUACCUGCGCCUGGUGGACAGGAUGGCCAACCUCUUCAUCCGCUUCCUGGGCAUCAAGGGGACCAUGCGGCUGGGGCCCACGGGCUUCCGUACUUUCAUAAGGAACUGCAAGCUGAGCAGCGGUGGCUUGUCCAUGGCCGCAGUGGACAUCCUCUACAUCGACAUCACGCGGAGAUGGAACGCCAUGACCCUGGACCAGCGGGACUCAGGGAUGUGCCUGCAGGCGUUCGCUGAGGCCUUCUUCUACCUGGCGCAGAAGAAGUUCAAGAUGCUGCCGCUGCACGAGCAGGUGGCGGCGCUGGUGGACCUGUGCGAGUACCACCUGUCGCUGCUGGACGAGAAGCGCCUGGCCUGCGGCCGCGUUGGCACCGGGACCGGCCGGCGCCCCUGCAGCCACGCGCCCGCCAGCGCCCCGCCCCCUGAGGAGGCCGCCCCUCGCAGCGCGCGCAGGCCCACCAGCCCCAGGCCCGCGGUGCCCUGAGCCCCCGGAGAGGGGGGCCUGCCUGAAGGGGGCCCGGCUGCACGUGGACAGAGGGCGACCGGCCACUCACCGUCCGCCCGCGCUUGGCCAGGGGAGCUUGGCCCGACCGCCCGACCGCCCGAGAGGGCCCCGGUGUGCGUGGGGUGGGGUGCGGGACAGGCUGUCGCACGGGGGUUCCCCGGGACGCCGAGGCUGUGCCCCCGCGAGGCGGAGGGGGGCCGCGGGCAGCGCAGACCUGCAAGGAAGCCGGGUGCCCGGCCGGCCAGCCGGGACGCCCGGGAGAAUCACAGAUGGAGCACGCCAGUGUCACGGGUGUGCUCCCCGCAGGCGCGGGGAUGGGGGGGGCGGCAGGAGGACCCCCGUGGGUCCCGGACCCAGCCCGCGCACCACGGACUCCGCGGGCUACGGUGUGUGAGAUCCCGCUGUGUGUAUGAGUUCGAGAACUAAGAUGUAACUGAGGAAGGGUUCCAAGGCGA